UCUAUUUCGUUCGAAAGUGAUAUUUCGAUCGUUUUCGAAUUUACCAUUCCCUAUUCCAAUCGUUUUGCUCGUUUCGAACGAAAGUGUUAGAAAAUUUCGAAUAUGCAUCGAUCUGUCAAAAACCGAUAAACAAAAAGAAACACCGUAUUAAAUAGCGGCGAGUGCGAGUUGAAUUUCAGUUAAUUUUUGAUCCUAAGAGAAAUUUGUGAGAAAAUUUUCUCGUUCAAUGGAUUCCGUUUUGUUACCGAUUUUGGCGGAGCAAGAAGAAAUUGGAAUGCCUUGCUACCAUCGGCGAAACCACCGAAAAUCAACCGACUUCAUAAAACUUUCUGAUGAAGCAUUCAUCAAAAGUUUUCGUCUAAGUAAGGAAGCUUUUCGGUACGUUUUAGAGGAAAUUGAGAACUGCCUUACCACAAGGAAAGGUGGUCUAUCCACGGAGGUGAAACUCGCAGCAUGUUUGCGAUUCUUUGCUGAAGGAAAUUAUCAACAUGGAGCAGGGCAAGAUUAUCACAUUGCCAUAGCACAGCCCACAUUUUCCAAGGUGCUGACUGAAAUGCUUAACAUUCUGGAGCGGACACUGUGUAAGAAAUGGAUUUCCCUAAAUAUGACGGAAGACGAACAGCGGCGUGCUAAACUACACUUCUAUCAGAAAACAUCAAUUCCGGGUGUUAUUAUGUGUUUGGAUGGAACCCACGUAAAAAUUAUUCCACCUAAGCUGAAUCGAAAUUUGUUUUUUAAUCGGAAGGGAUUUUAUAGUCUCAACGUUCUGAUUGUUUGUGACGAUCAGCAAAGGAUUCGUUUCGUUGAUCCUACCUUCCAGGGAUCUAAUCAUGACUCUCAUAUAUGGCGUGUAAGCCCUGCAAGAACUCACUUUGAGCAGCUUCACCAAAAUGGUGAAGUUAAUACUAAGAUUCUAGGUGAUGCUGGUUAUCCAUCGGAACCUUGGUUAGUAACGCCAUUCAGAGCAGCGGAGGAAGGGAGUUUGGAGAGCGAUUUUAAUCGCAGGCAUGCCUUGGGUCGUGCUAUCGUCGAGCGGACAAUCGGUUUACUAAAAAAUCGGUUUAGAUGCAUCCUUGGCGCGAGACAACUUCACUACAAUCCUACUAAAUGCGCUCAAAUUAUAAAUGUAUGCUGUGCACUUCACAAUAUAUGCUUAGAAUUUGGUCGUUCUCAGUAG